GUGACGACACAUAAAGCGCCCGGGAGGUGCCGGGGACCGGAAGCUACGGCGGCCGAGCGAUCCCUUUGGAAACAAAACAAGCGACUUCUUUAGGGCGAGAGUCGGGAACUGAUUUAGCCGGGCGGUCCGUGGAAGCAAGAGUAGCAUUGCAAAAGGUUUUGUGUUUUUGUGGAAAGGAGGUGUGUCCAUAAGGCUGCUCCAAUGACGGAGCUAUCCGCACCGUUACCAUACUUCCAGAAUGCACAGAUGACAGAAGACAGCCAUAUGAGCAAUACAGUACGGAGCCAGAAUGACGGCAGGGAAAGACAGCGCCAUGAACAUAGCGAAAGGCGGCGGCAUGGUAACCCUGAGGCAGAGACCAAUGGACAGCCCCAGGGUGGCACAAGGCAGGUGGUGGAACAUGAUGAUGAAGAAGAUGAAGAGCUGACCUUAAAAUAUGGUGCCAAACAUGUGAUCAUGCUGUUUGUACCAGUCACACUCUGCAUGGUUGUGGUUGUGGCCACCAUCAAAUCUGUCAGCUUUUAUACCCGCAAGGAUGGACAGUUAAUUUAUACUCCAUUCACCGAAGACACAGAAACUGUAGGACAGAGAGCACUGCACUCCAUCCUGAAUGCUGCCAUCAUGAUUAGUGUUAUUGUGGUUAUGACCAUCCUCUUGGUGGUGCUUUAUAAAUACAGGUGCUAUAAGGUGAUUCAUGCUUGGCUUAUAAUUUCCUCUCUCUUGUUGCUGUUCUUUUUCUCAUUCAUUUAUUUGGGUGAAGUAUUUAAAACCUACAAUGUUGCCAUGGACUAUAUCACUCUGGCACUCGUGAUCUGGAAUUUUGGCGUGGUAGGAAUGAUUUGCAUCCACUGGAAAGGCCCGCUUCGACUCCAGCAGGCUUAUCUCAUUAUGAUCAGUGCCCUCAUGGCUCUGGUGUUCAUAAAGUACCUUCCUGAAUGGACUGCAUGGCUCAUCUUGGCUGUGAUUUCAAUAUAUGACUUGGUAGCAGUUUUGUGCCCAAAAGGUCCACUGCGUAUGCUCGUCGAAACAGCUCAGGAAAGAAAUGAAACUCUCUUCCCAGCUCUUAUUUACUCCUCAACAAUGGUGUGGUUGGUGAACAUGGCAGAAGGAGACCCAGAAGCCCAAAGGAGAGUUUCUAAAAACUCUAACUACAAUGCACAAACCCCGGUAAACCAGAGCUCCAGCAAUGUUACUGACAGUGAUGAUGGCGGCUUCAGUGAAGAGUGGGAAGCUCAGAGGGAUCGUAACCUGGGGCACCACCAUUCCACACCGGCGUCCAGAGCUGCUGUGCAGGAGCUUCCUGCAGGAGCUUCCCAUGUGCAUGACGAUCCUGAGGAGAGAGGAGUCAAGCUUGGACUAGGAGAUUUCAUUUUCUACAGUGUUCUGGUUGGCAAAGCCUCAGCAACAGCUAGUGGAGACUGGAACACAACAAUUGCUUGUUUUGUAGCCAUAUUAAUUGGUUUGUGCCUUACCUUACUGCUUCUCGCUAUCUUCAAGAAAGCAUUGCCAGCUCUUCCAAUCUCCAUCACCUUUGGGCUUGUUUUCUACUUUGCCACAGAUUACCUUGUGCAGCCUUUUAUGGACCAGCUAGCAUUCCAUCAAUUUUAUAUCUAGCACAUUGAAAAUUGGAAUCCCAUGGAUUUUUUUCCUCUGACUGUAGUAAAAUCUGGAGAGGACAAAAGAAGUUUUCCUCUGUCCUCAUGGAACAGUUUCAAGAUUCCCAGCUGGACUCAUUGCAACUUUCUCCCAGUUUUUUGUGAGAACUUGCCUCCCUGAUUAUUGAAGGACCAUAGAUGGUUUUAAAUAUGUUGAUUUUUGCUACAAGAAGCCACCUGGAUUUAUGGAAUAAAAACAGAAGGAAGACAAUAGGCCAAAAAGUUGCUAACGCUUCCACCAGCAAUUUAUCCCUUGGUCACAGGUAGAUAUUACCAACACUACAGACUCUCAGGACUGCUAUUUAACCAAGAGGUUAAAUGAGGGAAGUUGUUAAACCAAACAGUAAUCUUUAUCUGAACCCACAUGUUGAAAAAGUAACCCAAUAAAUCUGUAUUAUUUAAGUAUUGAGCCAUUUGGGGGUCUCACCAGGUGGAUAGACAUUUGCAGCCAAAUGGAAUGUAGAAAAGGGAGGCAGCUUGCCACUUCCAGACUCUCAUGCUAGAAGUUCAAGCCAUUUUCAAGUAAGAGAAUCUCUUCCACCUUGGGUCAAGCCAGGUGCUUAGGCAGAUUUUAAUGGUUUAUGUUCUCAAGCACUGAAAUUUUGUCACUUUUCAUUUUUGCCAUUUCUUCUCAACCUCAGUCUGAAGUAACUUGGCCUAGUUCAUCUCAAAGGACUUUGGUUCAAGAUUCAGUAGAUAUUGGUAGUAAGGGAACUGUUGUUUAAAGUGUGCUCCUCACCAAUAUUCUCAGAAUGCUUCUGGACAGUCAGCUAAAUUUCUGUCCUUUUUUGCUAUGAUAGCAAUAUGCAAUUAAUCUUUUUUUCAAACAGGCACAGCAUUCCAAGUUCACUUUUCCCCACAUACCUUCCAUAUUUCCCCCUUCACUCUAAACUGCCUGCAGUUCUCCUGCCUAAGCAAGGAAGGCAGCUAAGUCUGUCAUGGCAUGGAUGGAUGACCCAGUUACUUUAAGAUUUUUAUCCCAAGCAUGCUUGUAAUUUGCUUCAGUUAGGCUUUUUGUUGUAAUUUCUUCACUAAUACACAGACUUCAUCAAAAGUUUGUGUCCAAAAGCCGGGGAAUUAAAACAAAAUAUAAUGCUUUGUGAUAUUCUUCUUUUCCUGGUUUCUUUCUCUUAGUCUGACUGUUUCUGGCAGCUAUUGAGAAUUAAUUAGAAUGAACUGCUGGAGGCACAUUAUUUUUUAGGUAGUUUAUGAAUCAGUUUUGUUUAGCAAGGUUAGAGACUAGUAUGUAGAAAGAGAAAUUAUUUUCAAUCUGUGAGCUUGGCCUAUGGAGGAGCAUGGGGUGAGGAGGAAAAGUCACUGAUGAGGGAAGAAGAAAGAGGCCUCAGACAGCUAAUAGGGCAAAACAAACCAAAUGCUAAAGAGCAGAUACCAAAUCAUUUAUCAAAAACCUUAGAAUUGGUUUCUUGUGAUUACACCUCUCCUAUUGCAGGUUGUUUCAAAGUAUCUUUGUUUGAAUUGGGGACAGUGAAGACACUAGCUUAAGCAACAGUGGAAUUUAGAUUCUACACAAACAACCCAAAAUCUGAUGACCUGCCCUUUUUAGAGGCAAUAUCUCUAAAUAAAGUCUGUGUGUAGAUAGGGCACAAACUCUGUUGGCCCUCUUUACCUCAGAGAACCCUCAGCUUUAGUGAUCAGACUGUGUGAUCAAGAAGAAUGAGACAGUGCUGUGACUCAGGCAUGGCCAGUACCAUCUCUACUGCUUAACAUGUCUCUAGCUGUAAUAUGUUUUCUAGAUCGGGGCCUGGAAUAUCUGUACUCUGCCAUCAGAUGGCUUCUCUGGUUUAUUAUGGUAAUAAGUACAAUAUGUGUAUUCACCUGGUUUGGGAUUUUAUGUUCAGACAAUGCCUUUGUAUCUAAAUCCUUGCUCAUAUUAGAUUGUUUUGGGAACUUCAAUGGAAAUGAAAGAUGCAAAAAGAAAGGAUGAGAUUAAGA